AUGUGCAUGCCAUCCCUUCAAGUGUUUCGUCAUGCGAACAUGCAAGGCUAUGGCUCUGAUCAGCACGAGCUACGUGCCCAGAUCCUGGUACGCUGCAUAACUAAUAUCUCAACCGACGGAAGGGCGCCACCAAGGAGCCUUGGCGCUUCUCUCCAGCCUCACGUUAGUUCAGUCAACGAGGCCAGGUAUCUAAUCAUGGAUUUAAGCCUUCCAAACGGUGUCUGGAACUUGAACUGUGUCUUCGAUGGGCAUGGAGGGCAUGAAACAGCUGACUACCUUGUCGCCGAAUUGCCCUCCCUUUUAAUGGCUGGAUUGUUGCCUACAGUGACCAACUUGGAGGGCGUUUCAGAUGUUCUCACCAGAGCGAUUUUUGACGUGGAUGAAGCAAUAAAACGGGACUUCCUCAAAAUAUUCCCUGAAGAAGUCGACGAAAUCGCUACGAUGUCAGACAUAACAGUCAAAGCGCGGGUCAACGACCAGUUUUCCGGAGGACUAAAUCAUCAAAAAGCCCUACGUUGCUUGAGGGGAUCUACGAUCUUAUUAACGCUCGUCGACCCUACAAAGAAACAUCUUUGGGUGCUAAAUCUCGGUGAUGGCUUAGUGGCGCUCGGAAGUAAACGAGACGCGAGUUCACAAUGGAAUGCAUCCAUCUUGAGCGAUAAUUACAAUGGCAACAACCCUGCUGAGGCCGAUCGCAUCAAACAGCAACACCCUGGCGAACCAGAAUUCAUCUUCGAUGAUAGAGUGCUCGGUAAUCUUGCUGUCACGAGAGCUGUUGGCGACCAGAGCUUCAAACUGCCUCGCAUCUACACUGAGAAAAUAUUUUUAAAUGUAGAACCUGGAUUUCGUGUCCCUGCUGCGAUUGAGUCUUUCAUUCGACGAAAUCUGAGCCCACCAUACGUCUCGAAUAUUGCAAGCGUUCGUUAUCUCGACCUUCAUGAGCAGUCAAACUGCGACUGCUUUAUCUUAAUGUGUUCCGACGGGCUGGUUGACCUUUACAUGGAUGACCCAGAUCACGUCGAAUCCCUAACAUCUCUCGUCCAGAAGUGGGUGGGAAUAGUAGGUGACGUCGUGAAAGACGACGUUCAGGAGGCAAUGCUGCGCUUGUUAAGACACGCUCUGGGCGCAGAAGACAUCGACAGAGUUCUCAUGUAUGCUUAACAUAGACAUGCCUGUUCCUUACAUGGAUGAUACGACUGCCAUCUUACAAGUGCUGUAGUAUCCGAUACCAAGACGUGUGCAUGUAUGGGGUAACGGAUGCGGAUUGUACAGAUGCCAAGUGUCAGAAAUGCUGCGUUUGUAAAUUAGAGAUAAAAGUCAGGAAAACGUCUACGCAUCAUCGCAGAUCCACGAUCUCCAGCGGGAUGUCUUUCAUUUGCACGUGCCCCUUGUCUGCGUCCUAAACAACUGAUCAAUAGCUGUGGACGAACCACUCCAGAAGCUACGCACUGUGUAGAUCGGCACCUCUGGGUGCGGGUGGAAGGCUUCCUUAACAUUGCAGUCUAAAAUCGUUUGCAAGCCUGGGGGGUCGGUGAGGCGGAAAAUUCCAAAGCUAACCGUGAAAAGAAUUAAGACACGAGUGGUAUGAGCA